UUUAAAAGAUUUCAUGGUCGUGCAUUCUCAGAUCCCUUUGUUCAAGCUGAAAAAGCAAGCCUUGCGUAUGAACUUGUCCAGCUGCCAACGGGCUCAACUGGCAUCAAGGCCAUGUAUAUGGAAGAAGAAAGAAACUUUACUAUUGAACAGGUGACAGGAAUGCUUCUUACCAAAUUAAAAGAGACCGCUGAGAAUGCGCUUAAGAAGCCUGUAGUUGACUGUGUUGUUUCUGUUCCUUCUUUCUACACAGAUGCAGAAAGGAGAUCUGUGAUGGAUGCUACACAAAUUGCUGGUCUCAACUGUCUGAGACUAAUAAAUGAAACAACUGCAGUUGCCCUUGCAUAUGGAAUCUAUAAGCAAGACCUGCCUGCCUUGGAAGAGAAGCCACGGAACGUUGUGUUUGUGGAUAUGGGGCACUCUGCAUAUCAAGUUUCUGUUUGUGCAUUCAACAAAGGAAAACUGAAAGUUCUUGCUACAUCAUUUGAUACAACACUUGGAGGCAGGAAGUUUGAUGAGAUGUUAGUUGAAUACUUUUGUGAAGAAUUUGGAAAGAAAUAUAAACUAGACAUAAAGUCAAAGAUUCGUGCGUUGUUGAGGCUAUACCAGGAAUGUGAAAAACUGAAAAAAUUGAUGAGUGCUAAUGCCUCUGAUCUCCCGAUGAACAUAGAAUGCUUCAUGAAUGACAUAGAUGUCUCUGGAACAAUGAACAGAAGCAAAUUUUUAGAGAUGUGUGAUGGGCUCCUUGCAAGAGUGGAACCACCCCUUCGCAGUGUGCUCGAGCAAGCCAAGUUAAAGAAGGAGGAUAUUUAUGCAGUAGAGAUAAUUGGUGGUACCACAAGAAUCCCUGCUGUUAAAGAGAAGAUCAGUAAAUUUUUUGGCAAAGAAGUCAGUACCACUUUGAAUGCAGAUGAGGCUGUUGCUCGAGGUUGUGCACUGCAGUGUGCUAUUUUAUCCCCGGCGUUCAAAGUGAGAGAAUUUUCUAUCACAGAUUUGAUACCGUAUCCUAUUUCCUUACGAUGGAAUUCACCAGCAGAGGAAGGGUUAAGUGACUGCGAGGUCUUUCCCAAGAACCAUGCUGCUCCAUUUUCUAAGGUCCUCACAUUCUACAGAAAGGAACCUUUUACUCUCGAGGCCUACUACAGUUCUCCCAAGGAGCUGCCUUACCCAGAUCCUGCUAUAGCUCACUUCUUGGUUCAGAAGGUCACUCCUCAAACAGAUGGAUCCAGUUCGAAAGUGAAAGUCAAAGUUAGAGUCAAUAUCCACGGCAUCUUCAGUGUUUCAAGUGCAUCUUUAGUGGAGGUUCAUAAAUCUGAUGAGAAUGAAGAGCCUAUGGAAACAGAUCAGCAUGCAAAAGAGGAAGAGAAGAUGCAAGUAGACCAGGAAGAGCAACAAAAGACUGAAGAACAACAGCAGGCCCAACCUGAAAAUAAGGCAGAGUCUGAAGAAAUGGAGACUUCUCAGGCUGAGUCAAAAGACAAGAAAGUGGAUCAGCCACCUCAAGCCAAGAAGGCUAAAGUCAAGACUACCACAGUGGACCUCCCCAUUGAGAACCAGCUGGUGUGGCAGAUAGGGAAAGACAUGCUGAACUUGUUCAUUGAGAACGAGGGUAAAAUGAUAAUGCAGGAUAAACUGGAGAAAGAGAGGAAUGAUGCCAAGAAUGCAGUGGAAGAGUACGUGUAUGAUAUGAGAGACAAACUCUGCAGUGUUUAUGAGAAAUUCGUUAGUGAAGAUGAUCGGAAUAGCUUCACGCUGAAGCUGGAAGAUACAGAAAACUGGCUUUAUGAAGAUGGUGAAGACCAACCCAAACAAGUUUACAUUGAUAAACUGAUGGAGUUGAAGACUCUGGGUCAACCUAUUCAGGCAAGAUUUCAGGAAUCGGAGGAAAGACCAAAAGCAUUUGAGGACUUAGGGAAGCAAAUUCAACAGUACAUGAAAACUGUUCAUGCAUUCAAAGCAAAGGAUGAACAAUACGACCAUCUAGAUGAAGCAGAUGUAGCGAAAGUGGAGAAGAGCGCGAACGAAGCUAUGGAGUGGAUGAACAAUAAACUUAAUCUACAGAACAAGAGAAGUCUUACUUUGGACCCGGUUAUCAAAGCUAAAGAUAUACAAGCUAAAACUAAAGAAUUGACAAGUAUCUGUAAUCCUAUAGUCACCAAACCCAAACCCAAAGUGGAACUCCCCAAGGAGGAGCAGAAACCGACCGAACCCAACGGACCAGUAGAAGGGCAGGGGGAGGCCAACAGCGAGUGCCCCCAGGGUGAGCAGAGUGCUGCCCCCCCCCCAGACAAGAAGCUUCCAGAAAUGGACAUUGACUGAAUUUUUGGCACUUGUUUAUAUUAUUGCAAACUCCAAUAAAGCUUUAAGUUGUCGACUUUGUAUGUUCUGAAUACAAACUGAAGCAAGUGAAUACCGCAGCACUCUUAGUAACUUUUGGAGAGGUUUGGUCAAUGCAUCAAGUCAGAAACACUUAGGUAGCUAAUCCCUUGGUCAAAUAAGCAGUAUUUCCUGCUGUUAUGAUUGUAUUUAGAAGUUUUGGUGAUAUUACUAGACCUACAGAAACAGCCCUAAGCUGGUUCUCCAUUUUUAAAUGUCAAUCUUUAAAUUGUGCUCUCGCACUACUUUCAAAGUCUAACUUGGCUCACUCCGCUUUCCCCUGAGGACUGUGUUACCCCAUCGCUGCUGGGGCUGCAGGAAGCCCAGAGCCUGUUGCAGCCCAAUCUUUCAUCUGCUCACCUGCAUCUAGCCCUUAAUUUAGUGUUAAUGCACUACUCUAGAUUUUACUUUGAGUUACACAAGGUUUGCAAGGCAGGGUCUAUAGUAUCUAGGCGGGGAAGUGCGGAGGGUCAGCCCUGACUCAGAAUCCUUUACAAAAAAGGGGCAACUGUCAGACUAAGACUGUGCUCACAGACACACACGUUUAGUCCUGGCCAACUCCCCAGCUAAUUAAACCAUGUAAACUUUUUUGUCUCUAGUUCAAUUAGCUGGUUGUAGAAAGAAUGGAUACUGGUAUUUCAGCUGCCUGCACUGAGAGUUGAACUUUUUCUGAAGGGGGUAUGCUUGCUUCCACGAGGCCUUUGUUUGGAAUGCUUGGGCUUUUGUUUUGUUUGGUUGUUUGUUUUGUUUGUUGGUUUUUGGGUUUUUUUUUUUCCCCAGGAAAAAGACCUGACCCAUUUGGCAUUUCUUUUUUUCUAUGAGCUUUAUACAAUGAUUUGCUUCUAGUACUGAUUGUCAUUAAAUUUGCGAACAUGAAUUUGUACGUGUUUCAAAUCCAAAGCUGCAACACCCGUUCAGAUAUUGCAAGAAAUAAAUGCACUGGAUUCUACUGGA